ACGCGCGAGUAAUCGGUUAUGACAUAUUUGCUGUCAUCGCGUAAAUUAUCAUCAUUGACGGCUCUGAAGGAUUUCCUAGAUUUAGUAGAAAGAAAAAAUUAAAUUAAAUAUUUUAUUAAUUUAGAUAAGAAACAUAAAAUGUUUUGUGCUUAUACACAUUCUUUGCCCUACUUGUAUUUGGGUAACUUUGGACGUAAACCACAUCAUUAUUACACAGCAAAUAAAAAUAAAGUGCAAAAUGGUACAAUUGGUACGGGGAGAACGUACACAAAUAGAGCACAAAUUGGAAAACGGCGAGAUGCUUUAACUCUGUCUUCAACUUCAGAGGCUGUCACCUCGGCCCAAAAUAUGAUUAGAAUACCGCAAAACUUGCGUCACAUGGUAAAUCAACAUAAUGCUACAGCCAAUAACUUUUUCGAGGCGGAACGACUUAAUCAUAUGUUGAACAAGGCAAAAUCCAUGUUGGCCUCACAUCUGCUGCAGUUGGAAAACGUUGAAGUGAAACGGGUGAAGGGAAAGAAAUCUCGUCAUUUAAUAGAAUUCACAUUUAAUAAUGCUUUGGCACAGAGUAUGCCGCCACAAAAGUAUUCUACAUUGUUACAAACUGUUAUACCUCAACAUCAAUUAAAAUUUGUACGUAGCUUUAAGACGGACCGUUCCAUUGCUGCUGAAGUAAGACGUAAUCCCACUGUGGCUUCACGCUUGCGAACUGCUUUUAGUGGUAAUCCACAAAAACUCGAUAGUGAAUUAACAAAUAGUUCCGAAACAUUAAAAAAACUCUUGGAGAAAUCAAGCGAAAGUGGCACCGGAAAGAGUCAGGAAAAUACCAUAAAAAUAGCUUUCGCUGAGGGUUACUUAGCUGCGGCUAAUUCUGAAGAUCAUCCCAAGUCGGGCAAAACUAUGAAAUAUCUUAAGGUCUUUCAGCAAUUAUUGGUAAUUGUGGUAUUUAUUGGCAUAUUCGUAAGCCUGUUCUCUUCCUCAAAUGGAUCCAUGUUUCGCAUACAAUUGGGCAAUCAGGUUGAAGUAGAUCCUGAAGAAAUCCAUGUAACCUUCGAUGAUGUGAAAGGUUGUGAUGAAGCGAAACAGGAACUGAAAGAAGUUGUAGAAUUCCUAAAAAAUCCUGAAAAGUUUUCCAAUUUGGGUGGUAAAUUACCGAAAGGUGUGUUGUUGGUGGGUCCUCCGGGCACCGGUAAAACCUUAUUGGCCAGAGCAGUGGCUGGUGAGGCUAAUGUACCAUUUUUCCAUGCCGCUGGACCCGAAUUUGAUGAGGUCUUAGUGGGCCAGGGAGCCAGACGUGUACGUGAUUUGUUUAAGGCCGCCAAACAACGAGCUCCCUGUGUUAUUUUCAUUGAUGAAAUUGAUUCAGUGGGUGCUAAGCGUACGAAUUCAGUUUUACAUCCUUAUGCUAAUCAAACCAUCAAUCAGUUGUUAUCUGAAAUGGAUGGUUUCCAUCAAAAUGCUGGUGUCAUAGUUUUGGGUGCCACCAAUAGACGCGAUGAUUUGGAUCAGGCUCUGCUAAGACCGGGUCGUUUUGAUGUCGAAGUCGUUGUAAGUACCCCCGAUUUCUCAGGACGAAAAGAGAUUAUAACUUUAUAUCUCACGAAAAUUUUACAUGAUGAAAUCGACUUAGAUAUGUUAGCUAGAGGUACAUCCGGUUUUACUGGUGCUGAUUUAGAGAAUAUGAUCAAUCAAGCUGCUUUAAGAGCGGCCAUUGAUGGAGCAGAGACUGUUACAAUGAAACAUUUAGAAACAGCCCGCGAUAAAGUUCUGAUGGGACCUGAACGUAAGGCACGAUUGCCCGACGAAGAAGCCAAUCUUAUAACCGCCUACCAUGAAGGCGGACAUGCGAUAGUGGCCUACUAUACCAAGGAAUCACAUCCUUUGCACAAAGUCACCAUUAUGCCCAGAGGACCAUCACUGGGUCACACCGCCUACAUACCCGAAAAGGAGCGCUAUCAUGUCACCAAACAGCAGCUGCUAGCAAUGAUGGACACCAUGAUGGGCGGUCGUGCAGCAGAGGAGAUAAUCUUUGGUGCUGACAAAAUCACUUCGGGUGCUAGUAGUGAUUUAAAACAAGCCACCUCUAUUGCCACCCACAUGGUUAAAGACUGGGGCAUGUCGGAGAAAGUCGGUCUACGUACAAUUGAAAGUUCUAAGGGUAUGUUUCCUAACGAAGCCUUAGGACCAAAUACUGUUGAAGCAGUAGAUGCUGAAAUCAAACGCAUUCUUAGCGACAGUUACGAACGGGCCAAGGCUAUUCUACGUAAGCAUGCUAAAGAACACAAAGCAUUGGCCGAAGCUCUUCUGAAAUAUGAAACCCUAGAUGCCGAAGACAUUAAGGCCAUCAUGAAGGAUACACAAUAGUAAAAAUUAACUUAAUUUUCAUCAUAAUAACAAGACGUUUUAGUUUUACGUUACUCUAUAAAUCAACAAAUCAACAAAACAUUACUUAACUUUACUAAACGAAAAGAAAUUAGUAUAAAAAGCAAAAGAGAAUUUACUUUGAAGAAAACAACAAAAUGAAGCUUGGAAUGGCAUUACUUAACAUACAUUUAUGGACGGUCAUGGUUAAGAUUAAUUAUAACCAUAAUACAAAAUAAAACAUGCAUAGCUUAUGCUUAUUUACCAGAUGAGUCAACUGAAACAUUUUAACUGGAUCACAAGGAAAGAAACAACAAACUCCAUUUUAUUUUUUUUUUUUGGUAACUAAUUCCAUAGUCGAAAAUAAUGUAAGAAUAAUAAAAAUGAAAAAUAAAAAAAUGGAAAAAGCUGAUUUUAAAUCAAACUGAA